AUGGCCCCCUCGGCCGUAGCGAUCCUCUCCAUCGGCGACAUGGGCGUCGGCAUCGCCAAGCUGCUCCUCGCCAAGGGCUUCACGGUCACGACCAACAUUGCCGGCCGCAGCGAGGACACGGCGGCCCGCGCCCGCGCAGCCGGCAUCCAGCUCGUCGCCUCGGACGCCGAGCUCGUUGCCUCCGCCGCCGUCGUCCUCUCCGUCGUGCCGCCGCGCGACGCCCGCGCCACGGCCCAGCGCGUCGUCGAUGCCCUGCUGCUGGUGGCGACGGGCGAGAGGCCUGCCGACGCGCCGCCGCUGUACUACGUGGACCUCAACGCCGUGGCGCCUGCGUCGGCGAGGGCCAUGGCGUCGCUGUUUGACGGCGCGCGCGUGCCGGUGCGGUUUGUGGACGGAUGCAUCAUCGGGGCGCCGCCGCGGCUCUUGUCGUCGCCGGACCCGGGCACGAACGGGACUCGUUCGACGCCCAAGGCUGACGGCACGGCCGGCGGGAAGGCAGACGCGGACGCACACGAGGAGGACCCCCAAUCCGGCUGGUCCGUCCCCGGCAUCCCGACCGCGGGCCCGCACGCCCUCGCCAGCCUCCCCACGCUCGGCCCGCGCCUGUCGGGCGCGCUCGGCGCCGCACACAUGAGCGCGGCCGUCGGCGCGGCGUCGGGGCUCAAGAUGUGCUUCGCGUCGCUGAGCAAGGGGCUGACGGCGCUGGCGGUCGAGUCGUUCACGACGGCGCACGCGCUGGGCGUGCUGCCGCUGCUGCGGGCCGAGCUGCGGGCGCGGCUGCCGCGGCUGGCCGAGCAGGCGGAGCGCGCCGUCGUCGCCGUGCCGCCCAAGGCGUACCGGUGGGUGGCCGAGAUGGAGGAGAUCAGCGAGACGCACCGCGUCGACGGCGGCUUUGCGGGCGAGGCCCUGUUCCGCGGCGCCGCCGACGUGUAUCGCGUCGUCGCCGACGAGACGGUGCUCGGCGCCGAGCGCAUCGGCAAGCGGCGGCGGGGGACGACGGUCGAGGACGUGGCCGAGGCUGUGGCGGAGGGGUUGGAGAGGAAGAGGAAGAAGCAGGACAAGAUUCGUGACACCCGACGGAACACCAUGUCGGACCACAACACCAGCCAGACGGUCAUCAGCAUCUCCUUUAUCAAGCGCAAGGCCGGCACAACGCCCGAGCAGUUCUACCACCACUGGGAAAAGGUCCACGGCCCGCUGGUCCGCCCCUGGAUGAAGAAGCACGGCUUCAUCUCGUACACGCAGGUCCAUGCCACGCCAGCUCUCAAUGAGGGCGUCGCGCCCAUCGGUCCGGAAAACGCCGGCCCCAGCCCCCUGGCCGAGUACGACGGCUGCGCUGUGUUCGAGGUGCCGAGCAUGGAGGUCUUUGCGGCAGCCUUUGGGGAUGCGUAUUAUCGCGAGACGAUUGCGCCUGACGAGCACAACUUUAUCGACAAGAAGGCAGGUGUCACGCGCAUCCGGGGCGAGGUCAAGCAGAUUCUGUAG